AUCAUUUUACUGUCAUUGGAUCAAUGGAUAAUUAAGAUAUUCUGACCGAUUUCAAUCCUACCACAGUCGAAAUAUAAGGCCAAUGCCGGCGCGACUCGGGUAUGGGUUGCGACGAUGUAAUCUGCAAAAAAGAAGAGGAUUCCAAAAUGCCAGAUUAAUAUCAGUUGAUUCAAGGAACCGAUUGUCUAAUUUCUGGACACCGACAGGAGGCAUCUCACCUCAAGAUGGAGAGCAGGAUGAUUCUCAUGCACUACUCGUACGAGGAGGCUUCCUGCGACAAGCCCAUUCAGGCGUCUUCCACCUCCUCCCACUCGGUCUCCGCGUGCAAGAGAGACUCUCCUGGCUAAUAGACAAACACAUGGCCACUCUCGGUGCCUCUAAACUCUCCCUUUCAUCCAUUACCACGGAAGCGCUCUGGCGCCAGAGCGGCCGCUACUCCGCCAACUCCGAACUUUUACGUCUCAGUGACCGCAAGGAUUCCGGAUUUCUCUUGUCCCCAACACAUGAAGAAGAAAUCACUUCUCUUGUUGCUGGGAUGGUGCAUUCGUAUAAAGACCUCCCCUUGAAGCUUUAUCAAAUCGGAAGGAAGUAUCGUGAUGAGAGACGUCCUAGACAAGGGCUUCUUAGAGCGAAGGAGUUCUUGAUGAAGGAUUUGUACACGUUUGACUAUGCGCAUGAGCAUGCCCUGCAAACCUAUCAAUCUGUGAGGACUGCAUACAAUAACUUCUUCGACGAGCUCAAACUCCCCUAUUUGGUCGCUGAUGCGGAUUCCGGAAACAUGGGUGGCAAGUUGAGUCACGAAUACCACUUCGUCUCACCUAAGGGUGAAGACAAUGUCUGGUCUUGUAGUUCGUGUGACUAUGUUGCCAACGAAGAGCUCGUUGAGAAAAGAACCCACGAUACUGGGAGACUGCCGACGAGCCAGGAACUCCACUUCACUGGAAUUAGUGUAGACAGGACCACUAAAAUCCACAUCCAUGUCCCGUACCCCGCAAGGCUCGUCAACGUACCUUGCUCGGAUGGAACAAAAUUGAACGUCUACGUCCCACGACCCGACAUACUACCUCCAUCCUUGCUCAGCUCGGAUUCAACCCACAUCGAGAAGUUCGUUAACCUGCACGCCGUAAAAAAAGCGGCCAUCGAUAUCGACACAGGCAUCGAAAAAACUACCUUGCAAUCCUUUCUCCCAAAAACAACAAAAACAAUUCACAUCUAUGACCGCCUAGUCCCAUACCCCAAAUACCCUGACUCCGAAAUUCCACUCAACCAUCUGGACAUAACUCGUAUCUAUCCCGGCGACCCCUGCCCGCGCUGCGAAUCUGGAGAACUCAAAGUCCAGAAAGCUAUAGAAGUAGCGCAUACCUUCCACCUCGGAACCCGUUACAGCGAGCCUCUGAAGGCCCUCGUAGCAGGCCCCGACGGCAUGGCCAAACAGCCCAUGCAAAUGGGCUGCCACGGUAUUGGGGUGUCCCGCCUUAUUGGUGCUAUUGCGUCAUUACUUGCUGACGACAAGGGUUUGAACUGGCCUAGGGUUAUUGCACCAUUUGAGUGUAUUGUUGUGACCACCCCACAGGUUCCAGAAGAAGAUGGUGUGGAAGUGUAUGAUAUUUUGAGAGAAGGUGCACAAGGAUAUGAAAUCGUUGAUACGGUCAUCGAUGACAGACCGAUUAAGAGUCUGGCGUGGAAACUUCGAGAUGCAGAUUUGAUCGGUUAUCCAGUUAUUGUUGUUUUGGGACGAGCGUGGAAGGAGAGGAGGCGGGUCGAGGUACAAUGUAGAAGACAUGGUGUCAAGACUGAGAUGGAAUUAGAAGGGUUGAAAGAGGGUGUUCUAAAACUUCUGGAUCUCCUGUAA